AGCUACCGGAAGCCUAAUCAAACCCUAACCAGUCACACCACUAGGAAGAAGAAGAAGAAGAAGAAGAAGAAGAAGAAGAAGAAGAAGAAGAAGAAGAAGAAAGAUGAUGAUUCAGGUAUCAAUCUUUUUGCUCCAACCCCAAUUCUCAACUCUGCUCCUGUGGAAUGGUCUUUUCUCGUUGCUGUUGGUUCUAAUCUUUACGCCAUUACCGCUGCAAUGGAAGAUUCUCAGUGCUCUAGUGUUUGGUUUCUUGACUGUCGAACUCACACUUGGCUUGAAUCUCCAAGAAUGCGACUGGCUCACACCAAUAGUAACUUUGAUGGGACUAUGUAUUUAGCAGGAAGCUCUGAGAGUCCAGAUUCUUUGAACUGUGUUGAAGUGUACAACACAAGUACUCAAAUUUGGAAUCCCGUGCCGUCCAGAAAACGAGUAUUUAAAUUCGAAGCUAUGGAAGGAAAGAUUUACUUGAACCUUCCUGUAAAGUCUACUAAGGAGGCUGUGGCUUUAAAGCCAAAGGUUUGGACUUGGGAAGCGUUAGCAUUGGAGACUGAUUUGGAUCGUGGCUCUAUUUGUAUGAUAGAUAACAUAUUCUAUCAUUAUGACCCUAUUGUAAGGUUUAUAUGUAGAAAAACUGAAGGAGCAGAUUGGAUAAAGUUAGAUGAGCUACCUAAGUUUGCUAGAUAUAGUACUGUUAAAUUGGCGGAGUAUGGUGGUAAGCUGGUUGUUUUGUGGGACAAAUAUGUGCCUGCAAGUGGGUAUGAGGAGAAGAUGAUUUGGUGUGCAGAGAUUUCGCUUGAAAGACGCAACAAGGAAGAGAUUUUGGGGAAGGUCGUGUGGUUUGAUGCAGUUCUUACAGUCCCUAAGUCUUACAAAUUCGUGUCUGCUAAAUCUGCUACUGUUUGACAGGUUUGAACGUAAUGUAUCUGGUUAUACCGCUUUUCUUUUUCCGGGACUUGUCUGUCUUUAUGAUAAACCUGUAACUCGUUCUGCUACUGUUUGAUGAAUGAUGCCAAGAGACUAGCGGGUAAUGUCCCUUUUUGUUCUGAAAUAUGUGUUGCAAAAUGUCUAUUUAUGUGACUAGUAUGACGAAUGC